AUGGGGAAGCAUAAGAAGAAAAGUCGUAAACAUAAACGCGCUCGAUCAGUCAGUAGUUCUAGUACCGUCAGAAGUUCUGACAGUGAGAGUGCCCGAACCCCGUCACCUCUGCCUCCACAACGCAAGAAGACCAGGAAACUAGAUCGGUCAAUAUUAUAUUCUUUGUUACGCACUGAUCACCAAUGGCCGUCAUGGAAAUGGUCUGAUUGGCAUACUAGGUUGUCUGUUAGCUUUCAAAUUCAAAGGAACAUGUUUGAACUUUUGAAGGAGAUAAUAGAACGAAAACCAGCUGAAAAUCAAUCUCUGUAUGAAUUCUAUUUCGAUCAGAAAUGUAAAAUUGACCGGUUACGUUUAAACUUUUCGGAUCAAGACGUCAUUUCAAUAGUUCUCGGAAAUAUAGGCGACGGAAAUAUUGAAUCCAAUACAUUUAAUUCGUGUGAUCAGUUCGCAAGUUAUUUGCAUAGUCGGACAUACAAAGCAAAAAAACAAACAAACGUUUCACUUCCAAAGGCAAAUCACGUUCAGUCACCUGUCGUUAACACUUCUAGUAAUGCAAGCGUAGCUACAACGACAAGUCGAGCGGUUGCGUCGGGUUCUGUCGGUUCCGUUUCAAACGAGAAUAAUUCACAGGCGCGUAAAACAAUCAAAUGUUUCUUAUGCGGCGGAAAUCAUAAGCGAAUGCAUUGUGACAUAAAGUGUGAGUUUUGCGGGAUAAGAGGACAUAUUGAAUCUACAUGUAAUCGAAAGAAAAAUGUUAAAACGGAACAGAAAUCUGAAAAACCCGAGGUAAAAUUUGUGUCAUCUUCAAAUUCUCGAAACAAGUUCGUGAAGAAGGUAGUUCUAAAUAAUGUUUUGGUUCACGAUGCAUUCAUAGAUCCGGGAAGUAGCUGUUCGAUUAUAUCACAGUUAGCUCAAUAG